GACAUGUCGGAAAUAAUUGGUUUAUUUAAUAUUUUGUACAGGAAAAAUUAAAAAUAAUGAUAAUACUAAAAAAAUAAUAGUGAGAUAACAAAAAUAAAACAAAUGGUUUAGAGCAACUCUUCUCAAGCUCUUCUUUAUUUUUUAUUUUUAUAUUUUUUCUUCUAUACAGAUCUUGACCUCUGAGAUUAUCAAGCUUCACGGUAUUUCUGAUUUGGGUUUUGCUUGUUUUUUGUUUUCCGGUAAUUGAGACGAAAAGCUUCAGUCUUUUUUAGGGGCUAAAAUUGGAUCGAGAAAGUUGAUUGAUUGUUUCAAGGUGUAGAAAGAGAAAAGAAAAGAAAAGAAAAACCCAGAUAAGGGUUAUUGCAGACUGGAGACGAAGCUUUUAAGGUUUUGACCUGUGGUUGACUGAGUUUGGAAGCUUUUUCUAACUGGGUUUUCGGGUUUUGGAAUCUGGGUCGUGCUGUAUCUUUUGGUUCUGAAUUCUGCUUGACCAGAUUGGAUUGGUUCAGAAGCUUUAAAAGAGAGAGAGAAACACUAAGAAAAUUAAAUUUAAAUAGGACUUCAGCUGUCUGAUCAUAGAAUGAAAUUCAGAGUUUGAAGCCGCAAGAAUUUCUGUGCUGAAAAACGGAUUGUUAAUAAAAAAAAGCAUUGAUCUUUUCAGAUAAUUGAAAUGGGGUCUAAAUGCUCCAAACUGAGUCCUUGCUGCUGGAAUUCACAAUUCAAAGCAGCUGUGCUUGAAGCUCCAGACGUUGAGAAUGAGGGGAACAGUGAGGUUGAUGACAUACCCGCAUUUCGUGAAUUCACAUUUGAGCAACUAAAAAAUGCCACAUCUGGUUUCGCAGUGGAGAAUAUUGUAUCUGAGCAUGGUGAGAAAGCUCCAAAUGUUGUUUAUAAAGGGAAACUGGAGAAUCAACGGAGAAUUGCAGUUAAACGGUUUAAUAGAAUGGCAUGGCCUGAUGCCCGGCAAUUUCUGGAAGAAGCAAGAUCAGUUGGUCAGCUACGAAACCAGAGAUUGGCAAAUUUGCUGGGCUGUUGUUGUGAAAAUGAUGAGAGAUUACUCGUGGCUGAAUUCAUGCCCAAUGAAACACUUGCAAAACAUCUUUUUCACUGGGAAAAACAGCCUAUGAAAUGGGCGAUGAGAUUAAGGGUUGUUCUACAUCUUGCACAGGCUUUAGAAUACUGCACAAGCAAAGGACGUGCUCUUUAUCACGACCUUAAUGCUUAUAGAGUUUUAUUUGAUGAGGAUGCUAAUCCCAGACUUUCAACCUUUGGCCUGAUGAAAAAUAGUAGGGAUGGGAAAAGUUAUAGUACAAAUCUGGCGUUUACUCCUCCUGAAUACUUGAGAACUGGGAGAGUGACACCCGAGAGUGUAAUAUAUAGCUUUGGUACUCUUUUGCUUGAUCUUCUCAGUGGAAAACAUAUUCCCCCGAGCCAUGCUCUUGACCUUAUACGGGACAGAAAUAUCCAGAUGUUAACAGAUUCUUGCUUGGAAGGACAGUUUUCUGAGGAUGAUGGUACAGAGUUGGUACGCUUGGCAUCACGAUGUUUGCAGUAUGAACCCAGAGAGCGGCCAAAUCCGAAGUCAUUAGUUACAGCAUUGAGUCCUCUUCAGAAGGAAACAGAGGUUCUCUCCUAUCUCUUGAUGGGUAUUCCACACAGUGGUUCAUGCACUCCUCUGUCGCCGCUUGGUGAGGCUUGCUCGAGAGGAGACUUGACUGCUAUUCAUGAGAUCUUAGAAAAAAUUGGCUAUAAGGAUGAUGAAGGAGUCACAAAUGAGCUGUCAUUCCAGAUGUGGACUGACCAAAUGCAGGAAACUUUAAAUUCGAAGAAAAAGGGUGAUGUUGCAUUUAAGCAAAAGGAUUUUGCAAUGGCUAUCGAGUGUUAUUCACAGUUCAUUGACGUUGGAACCAUGGUCUCCCCAACUCUUUUUGCACGUCGUAGCUUGUCGUACCUCAUGAGCGACAUGCAUCAAGAAGCUCUGAACGAUGCAAUGCAAGCUCAGGUCAUUUCUCCAGUAUGGCAUGUUGCUUCCUAUCUUCAGGCCGCCGCCCUUACGGCGCUUGGAAUGGAGAAUGAAGCACGUGUAGCACUGAAGGAGGGCACAACUCUUGAAGCUAAGAGAACAGCUACUGCUGGACAGAAGUGACAUUGGUAUGGUUGAAGCAAUUUCAACAUCCAGAGUUUGUUUCCUUUGCCUCCAUUUCAAAUGUCACACAGAAGAAUUCUUUCCCUUCAAUGAAUGCUAGGAGAGCAUAACUGGAUUGAAGACUGAAGAGUCCCCCGAGAAAACAGUAUUAGGAAGGAGCAGUGUGGAUUUUUGCCAUUUUCCUAGUGGGCUUUAUUCUCUUACUAUAUAAUUAUUAAUAUUAUUAUUUGCUUAUUCUUUUUUGUCUGAUUUGAUUUCUUGUGUAUGCGAGGAGGAUCCAUAAAUGCAAUUUAUUUUUAUUUUUUAAAUCAGAAAAAAGGUGUAAAACAUGAGUUGAAGUUGAAUAGUGUUCCACAAGCUUGUAAUUUGUGUACAGAUACCACCACCCUUGGUUUUGUUUGAUCUUGUUGAUUAGUUUA